UGCGUGACUCUUCGAGCGCCAGCUUUCUGCCUGCCUUUCCUCCUCCCGGGAUUUUGAGAAUCCCUGGCUUCGCAGGGUGCCGGGCUGCGGGAGGUCUGCCGGUGGGUGGAGUCCGGGGCCGCCCGAGACAUGUAGAUGAGGUGGGCGGGGCCCUACUCGAAACCGCUGGUAGCCCUGGGCAGACGCGCCCAGCUUGGACGCGCUCAGUCAGAGGCAGCCAGUGGAACCUGCUUUCUCAAGCGCAGCGAAGCCGGGUCCCGGGCUGGCCCCUCUGCUGCCCCCGGAACGGGCCAUGCCGCCGCGGGAGCUGAGCGAGGCUGAGUCUCCCCAGCUCCGGGCCCCGACCCCUCCCCCGCGGCGGCGUAGCGCUCCCCCAGAGCUGGGUAUCAAGUGCGUGCUGGUGGGCGACGGCGCCGUGGGCAAGAGCAGCCUUAUCGUCAGCUACACCUGCAAUGGUUACCCCGCGCGCUACCGGCCCACGGCGCUGGACACCUUCUCCGUGCAAGUCCUGGUGGAUGGAGCUCCGGUGCGCAUUGAGCUCUGGGACACAGCGGGACAGGAGGAUUUUGACCGACUUCGUUCCCUCUGCUACCCGGAUACGGAUGUCUUCCUGGCAUGCUUCAGCGUGGUGCAGCCCAGCUCCUUUCAAAACAUCACAGAGAAAUGGCUGCCCGAGAUCCGCACGCACAACCCCCAGGCGCCUGUGCUGCUGGUGGGCACCCAGGCCGACCUGAGGGACGAUGUCAACGUACUGAUUCAGCUGGACCAGUGGGGCCGGGAGGGCCCAGUGCCGCAACCCCAGGCUCAGGGUCUGGCGGAGAAGAUCCGAGCCUGCUGCUACCUGGAGUGCUCAGCCUUGACGCAGAAGAACUUGAAGGAAGUAUUUGACUCUGCCAUUCUCAGUGCCAUUGAGCACAAAGCCCGGCUGGAGAAGAAACUGAAUGCCAAAGGUGUGCGCACCCUCUCCCGCUGCCGCUGGAAGAAGUUCUUCUGCUUCGUUUGAGCAGCUAUGGCUGCAUAGAAAGUGGUAGGCAGGAGGCCAGAGACUUCUGGGACCUGGGGCACCAGGGCCUUUGUGGGAGCUACUGGCAGGGCCGCCUCAUGGGACUCAGUUCCCUUCCGAACAGUCAGGGGACAUGUGCCUCUAACUGCCCACUGUGAUAUGCCCCGGUGAGCCUAGGAGGGAAGGCUCUGAUUUGGAUUUCUCCAGUCAAAGCUCACAGAAAAAGCCUGGCACUUUGAUUUUCAUGGGAUGGUCCUAACAGGGUCAGUUACCUCCUAGCAGUUUGGGAUCCAGUUCCCAGUUUCUUAUCCUGGGCCCUCAGGUCAGCCUGUCUGAAUUAGGACUCUUCCUUGGCCCAGGGGUGAGGAAGAGCUUGGGAAACACCUGGCAUCGUGGAGGGCUGGAAGGGGUUCAGCCCUGGUUUGGAGAGAAGUUUGGGAUGGGGUGGGCAACAGAUUGAGAAGACGGAGCAGGAAGGGAGGCCUUGGAACCGUGAGACUGAUGGUGAAUAAGGGCUGGGCCUGGAAGGAAGAUGACAAGGAGAAGGAGAGAGGGAAGUGGGGCAGAUGAGGAGCAGGCUGACACCUGAGCUGCCCUCAACCCCCAAGGCCAGGGAGGGCGGGGCUGGCCCUGGGAAGAACUGGGUCUCUGGGCUCCCUAGGCACUGCCCAAACUGGCUGGGCCAGGAGUGGGGCAGGAAGUGAGAGUCAAGACCCAGCAAAAGGAGGGGGAGGAGCUGCAAAUUAGAGCCUGAAGGAGGAUGGAGUUGGGGAUCAUCCCUUUCCUCAAGGGCACACAGCCUAGAAGCAACAGCAGUUCAGAGUCUGCAAAUAAAACCUUAAGUCUGUGAA